AUGAAGCUCACCACCACCGCCGUGCUGGCCGCCCUCGGCCUGGCGUCGUCGGCCGUUGCCAGCAUCGGCCGCGGCGUGCCCCAGGACAUCAGCCACAUCCCUUCGCUCUACCAGCGGCACCGCGAUUCGGGCGAGUACAUGCGCAUCGUCCACAAGCGCGGCACUCCCACCGAGCACCUGCAGCGCCGCGCCGCGCCCACCGACGAGGCCUCGGCGGCCAAGAUCUCCGACCCCGUGGCCGAGUGCACCGCCUACAACCUGCCCGAGGUGGCCGCCAUCGCCAACAAGUUCCCCAAGCCGUGGGAGAAUGCCACCAUCGUCAGCGGCGACUCUGAGGCGCAGGACGUCUGGAAGACCAUCCAGGGCUCGGGCAUCAUCCCCACGAGCGUCAAGCCCAAGGGCACCGCCAACGGCGACUUUAGCGCCUUUACCCCCACCUACGACAAGACCGACCCGGACUGCUGGUGGACGUUCAACGGAUGCGUCAAGCCGAAGCACGACAAGCUGCCCGCCGACACGUACAGCUGCCCCGAGCCCAGCACCUGGGGCCUCACGUUUGACGACGGACCCAACUGCACCCACAACGCCUUCUACGACUUCCUGCUCGAGAAGAAGCAGAAGGCCACGCUCUUCUACAUCGGAUCCAACGUCCUCGACUGGCCCCUCGAGGCCCAGCGCGGCCUCGUCGACGGCCACCACCUCUGCGUCCACACGUGGAGCCACCAGUACAUGACGGCGCUCCCCGACGAGCAGGUGUUUGCCGAGCUCUACUACACGGCCAAGGUCAUCAAGGACGUCGUCGGCGUCACGCCCACGUGCUGGCGACCUCCGUUCGGCGACGUCGACGACCGCGUCCGCGGCAUCGCCACGGGCCUGGGCCUCGAGACGGUCAUCUGGACCGACGACACCGACGACUGGCAGCUGCCCCCCGCCGGCACCAAGUCCAAGGCCGACGUCGACAACAACUACAAGACCAUCAUCGGCAAGCAGUCGGCCAGCGGCGGCAACAUUGUCCUCACCCACGAGAUCAACGACGCCACGAUGCAGGAGUUCAUGGGCCAGUACGCCAACAUCCAGGCCGCGUUCAAGCACAUUGUGCCGCUGACGGCGUGCAAGAACCAGACCAAGCCGUACCCGGACAUGGACAUCACCUACCCCAACUUUGCCGACUACACCAGCGGCAAGAUUGACGCAAAGGGCCUGCCCAGCGGCACCACGAUCAAGGCCAGCGACGCCGACUACAAGCCGCAGCUGGCCGCGUCGUACACGAGCAACGGCGGCGCUCAGGCCACGGGCGGCAGCGCCGCCGCCGUCACGGCCUCGGGCAGCAUCGACAAGGCCAAGGGCUCGUCGUCGUCGUCGUCUUCGUCGACGGCGUCCAAGUCGGCCAGCGUCGCCGCCUUUGGCACCUGCUCGAUGGUCGCCUCGCUGGUCAUUGGCGGUGCCUGCGCCGUGGCCUCGCUCUUUGUCUGA